AUGUCUGACUACACCCAUCAAGUCAAAUCCAUCGUCCCCGUGGACGAGCCAAUCUUCCAAGCGUCUCCCUCAUCAGUUGUUAUCCGCCAGUUUGAGGCGCUGGACGUCAUCAAGGUAUCCAUCAGCCUCAGAAACAACGACGACGUUGCGAGGAGAGUGAAGAUCCUUCGCCCUGAGAGUCACUUCUUCGACGUCGAACUCUCCGACAAGCUUGCUGCCAGCAAGAUAGCUCCAGGCAUGGAUGUGCAAUACACAUUGGUCUUCACCCCAGAAGAGAGAAUCGACUACUUCUGCGACCUCGUCUGCUGCACUGAGCGUGAGAAGUUCGUCAUCCCUGUGAGGGCGUACGGCAUGCGCGGCUGGCUAGACUUUCCUGACGAGAUCGUCUUCGAGGGAGUUCCAGUCAAGGCAGAAGGGAGCAAGACUAUCCUAGUGCGCAACAUAGGGGAGGUUUCAUGCACCUUCUCCCUCUCCUGCUCAGAGCCCUUUCGAGCCGAGCCUCCUCAAGCGAUCGUGGACGCGGGUCAGAGCCUGCAGAUCACGUUCUUCGUCACGCCGACGAGGAACGGAGACGUUCAUGGUGAAAUUCACGUGAGGUAUACUAGCGGGGAGACUGUGCUGAUUCGUGCUCGAGCGGAGGCGGAGGAGAUCGCCGUGCGGCUUGACUCGCACGCGGUGCUGAUGGCCCCGACCUACGUCUCCCUCUUCUCGCAGAAGAAGUUCAGGAUUCUCAACCGGAGUGACGAGACGGUUGAGUUCUGCUUCAAACGGUUUGCGAGUGCGUACGAGGAGGCAAAGGCGAGGCACCACGAGGAGAACGGAUGGACAGUGGGAGACUUGAGCACGGACUCAGCGGUCCUGGACAACAAGAGGAUGUUGUUCGAAGACGACUCGUUCGCCAUCGAGCCGCUGCAUGGCAAGGUCUGGGCAAACUCAGAGCUCGAGUGUACCGUUACGUUCACGCCCUCCUCAGCGACUGAGGUCUCUUCCGUCGCCUUCUGCGACAUCGCGGGGAAAGAGAAUCGCCUGCAGAUUCAGUUUCAAGGAAGAGGCAUCGGGCCCAAGGUCAGCCUCUCCUACAACGUGAUGGACAUCGGGGAGGUGUUCAUCAACUCGGUCAGCGAGUACGACCUCCAGCUUGUGAACCAGGGGGAGAUCGAGGCUUACUUCGAGCUCCUUCCCUGCGACUCCGUCUUCGGCUCUAAGUUCACCUUCGAGCCCUCCAAGGGCGUCCUGGGCGUCGGGCAGAAGGCGGAGAUCAGGGUUCUCUUCUCCUCGGACAUCCUGGGAGAGUUCAGCGAAGACUUCAGCUGGUCGCUCUAUGGCACCCCCCUCCCCCUCCAUCUCUCCAUGCGCGGCAAAGUUAUCGGGCCGACGUUCCACGUGGACGAGGAGCUGCUGAACUUCAGCCGCUGCUCAGUCGCCUUCGUGACCUCGAGGAGCUUCCACCUCUUCAACACCUCCGACAUCCCCUUCAACUUCCUCGUGCGAGUCCCUGGGGACGGAACCCUCCUCAAGCGCGAGUUUGAGAUGAUACCCGAGACAGGCACCAUCCUCCCGCACGGGAAGCAGAAGAUCCAGGUGGACCUCAUGCCUCUGGGGGCUCGAGACUACAACCUGGACCUGGUGGUGGACAUCGAGGGAGUGGGAGAGGAGCUCGCGGCGAUCAAGCUCAAAGGUCUCUCGAUCGUCCCCGACGUCACGGUUUCCAACGCAGAGCUUGACUUCGGCGAAUGCUUCCUGCGCUACCCCUACAAGAAGAUGAUCGAAUUCGUCAACCACUCCGACCUCCCCGCCAAAUUCGAGCUGCAGCAGCAGGACGAGAUCUCCAAGUGCGUUGCUCGCUACGAGCUUGACUACAGCAAGGGGACCAUCGAACCCUACAGCCAGCGAGUCCUCACCGUCUCCUUCACCACCGAGAGGCUCGACAAGGUUCAGCUGCCCAUGUUCUUCGUCGUUGUCGGGAAGGAGGAGCACCCCCUCGAGGUUCAGUGCAUCGCCAGGGGCAUCGGCCCGCGGCUCACGCUGACGCCCACGAAGCUGAACUGGGGCGACAUCGACGUGCUCAAGGACUCGGAGAAGACGGUGAAGGUCAAGAAUGACUCGCUGGUGCCCGCAGAGUUCAGGGCGCUGGUGAUGAAGAGGAACAGUCGCUUCCGCGUCGAUGCCUCGUCCGCCACCCUCAGCCCCGGCGAGGCGACAACGAUCAAGGUGGUAGCGAACCUCGACGACACGCAGCACAUGAAGGACGAGCUGUGCCUGGUGGUCAAGGAGGGAGGCGAAAUCAAAGUACCGCUGCUAGCCAGGGGGAUCGGGACGACCAUCCGGGCGAAGGAGCUGGAGCUCGGGAAGCAGCCGGAGGUCGACAUGGGCAAGCAGUUCACGUGCCGACCCUGCUGCCGCUCCUUCAUGAUCACCAACGACGGGCCGAAACCUCAGACGCUGUCAUGGUACAACCUGAGCGCCCACGAGACGCUGACGAAGCUGAAGGCGCUGAACGCGGAGAACGAUGCAAACAAGAAGGGAAAGAAGAAGGACGACGCUGAGCUGUCGGUGCCAGAGUUCUUCCACGCGGAGAUCAACGGGCUCCGAGAGCCCUACAUGCUCGAGCCCGGGGCGAGCGCCCUGGUGGAGAUCAUCGGGAUGAGCAAGAAAGCAGGGCGAGUGACGGAGAAGCUGAGCUGCAAGAGCAAGAUGGAGAAGGAGCAACGCGACAUCAUCGUCUUGACCGUCACCACUGACUUCAUUGACCCCGCCUGCGACUUCUCCCAGCCCUCCCUCUCCUUCGACUUCUUCUACUCCCCCGACACCCCCGCAGGCUCAGACCUCUCGCAAUCCGUGACCAUCACCAACGUCUGCAGUCUUCCUCUCGAGUGCUCUCUCAAGUGCUCCGGCCUCCCCUUCUUUAUCGAGCCCUCGGACCUUGACCUCCAGCCCGGCCAGUCAGCUCCCGUCCUCGUCAACUUCGACCCCUCCUACAAGGGCGACCGCCUCUCCGAGGUAGUGAAGCAGACCAUUGCCGUCUCCUUCAACAUGGGGCCCAACAAGGGAGUGGUGGAGCUGGUGGGCUCGAUCAAUUUCCCGAACAUCAAGUUCGACAAGACGGAGAUCAAGUUUGGCGCGAUCCUAAACGACACGUCCAAGCGCGUCAAGGUGCGAUGCUCCAACACGUCGCUCAUAGACGCCAAGUUCUGCUGGUCAUUCCUCAAAGAAAGCCCCCUGCCCGUCAACGCCAUCUUCGACAUCAUUCCCAUCCGCAGCUUCCUCCGCGCCGGCCAGUCGGAAGACAUCGAGUUCAUCUUCUUCGGGCAUGCCAACCACAAGUACAAGGCGCUCGCUGUGUGUGAGGUACAGGGGGGCCCGGAGUAUGAGCUGAAGCUGGAGGGCGAGGCCUCGUCGAUCCAGUACAAGCUUGACAAGACGAUCCUUGAGUUCGGCAACACAAUCUACGACAAGCCUGCGGUAGAGGAAGUCACCAUCUUCAACACCGGCAAGGUCAAGUUCGACUUCUUGGUCCGCUCCGACCAGGUCGCCCCUCCCACCCGCAUCAAGGCGACGCCCUCGAGCGGCGUCGUGCAGCCGUCGGACAGGGUGAAGGUGCAGCUGGAGAUCACGCCGGGGGUGCCGACGGUCAUCACGUCCUCGUUCAGCAUCGAGAUCGCGCACUUCGAGCCUCAGCUCGUCAUCGUCACAGGCAAGGGCAUCUUUCCCCAGGUUCUCCUCAGCCUCCCCCGCCAAGACGCCGACAAGUUCGCACGGACGAGCGACACGAUGGAGAUGAGCGAGGGCAAUGCGAUGGGCGCGCGAUCGAAGACGAGCGUCUCACGCCCAUUGACCAUGUCGAUGGAGACCUUCCUGGCAACCAACCCCUUCAUCCGACAGCUGCAGUCCGAAGCUGACUGCCUCCACAUGCGUGAGUGUAUCAUGCAGGUCGUGGCUGAGAAGGAGGAAGAGCUCGAGAACAGGCGGGUGCGCAGGACGAGCGGAGACAGCUCGCUGCUAGUCACGCAGGACUUCACUCUAACGGAGUACCUGUGCGACUUCGGCAACGUCAUCCUCGGGCAGCAGCUGCAGCGGAACUUCCGGGUGACCAACGUUGGCUUCUGCUUCGUCUCCUUUGAGUUCCCCAAGUCCGUUCGCUCCGCCAUGACUCAGUUCGGCUUCCACGUCGAGCCCGAGAAGGUCAACCGCCUCCCCGGGGCUCCAGACUUCGAGUCCGUCGACUUCUCCGUCACUUUCAACUCCGCGAGGCCCGGCAUGACCACCGGCCUCAUCUCCCUCGCCGUCCCGGUCGCCGUCAAGUCAGGACCCAAGGUCACCAUCCUCCUCCGGGCCAACGUGACCCUCCCUGAUGUCCACAUCUCCUCGGACUCCCUCAAGUUCGGCAACGUCUUCCUCGGCCACAGCCGCCACGUCACUCUUCAGCUCAAGAACGUUCGCGAGAUUCCUGCCGCCUGGUCCUUCGGUCAAGCCAUGCUGGCCGAGCAGGGAGGGUCGAGCAAGCCCACGCAGGAGUUCACGGUUGUACCGAGCAAGGGGGUGCUGUCGCCCGGGGAGGCGUGCAACGUUGAGGUAGUGUUCCACCCUCGCGUCGCUCGCUCCUACUCCGCGAGGAUUCCCCUCAAGGUCGCGCAGAACCCCAACAAGCACGUAAUCCGCCUCCUGGGUCAGAGCGACAGCCUGCGGCUCCGCUUCGACCCUCCGUCGCUCGACCUUGAGCCGAUCCAUCCACAUGUGAUGGAGACGGAGAAGAGGGUGAGGGUGUACAACGACUGCGAGACGAGCAUCGAGUUCUUCAGCCUCGACUUCAACGAGCAGUAUCUGCAGGAGGAGGAACUGCUCAUGGGAGCGUACGGCCUGUACGAGCGGGAAGCUUUCACCUUCUCCGAUGUCGCUCUCCUCCCCCUUCGACCCGCAGGUAGUGGAGUGCAGGAGCGGGUGCUGCAGGAAUACGAGAAGGUGAAGCCCAAGGUAGAAGAGAGAAGGGAGACUGAUGAGGGAGAGAGGGGAGAAGGAGAGGAGGAGCCAGACAAGCGAAGUCUGUUUGCUGUCUUCGGGCAUCCCCUCGCGAGCCCCUCCGCCUUCGCGCGUCAGCUGGCGGACAAGUACAAAGUCAGCGUCCUCGACCUGGAGGAGUACCUGCAGGCGCUGCUGCAAGAGGCGGGGAUGGAGGAGUGGAUGAGUGAGGGGCUGCUCGCAAGUGUGUUGGACGACAAGCUGCUGGAGCUGCCCUACGUGCGAGGGUGCGUGGUGACGAACCUCGGAUCUUCUUUGCUGCCUGACGUCAAGAUGGUGGUGGAGGGUCUUGACAAGGCGAUGCGAGGAGGAAACGCUCGCUUGUUCCUCCUCUCCCACGAGCCCGAAGAAACUUCUGACGUCACCGGCCCCGAGGAAGCGAAGCCCGCUGAUGCCAACCUUUCGGAGGAGCCGGCAGAAACGCUGGAGGAGGGGGCGGAGGACGAGGGUCUUCCUUCCCCCGAGGAGAAGGAGGCGGAGGAAGAAGGUGGGGCAGGGGCAGAGACUGAAGAGGAGGAGAGAGCAAGCUUCAAGGAGGAAGAAGCUGAGGAUCAGGUGGAUGCGAAGGACCUUGAGGAGCUGGUGCAGGCUUUCAUGGAGAAACAGAAGGUGAUCAUCGACUUGUUGGAUCCGCCAGCGCGGGAGGAAGGGGAGGGGGAGGGGGAGGCAGGAGAAGCUCCUCCUCCUCCUCGCUCCCUCAAGCUCCUCCGCCUCCAUCGGGUGGGCAAGCAGCGGAUCAGCGACCUCGUGCUUGAAGGCACGGCGUCGCUUCCUGACCCCUUCCCCCUGUGCGGACCCGCGCAGAAGCUGAGGGUGCCCAAGGCGUAUGACCGGGAGAUGGUGAUGAGACCGGGAGGACGAGGCCCCCGACAGAGCAUCCGCAACUUCUACAUCCUCACUCCUCGUGCUCGAGAGGCUGCGAAGGAGAGCGAGAAGGGAGAGGGAGAGGGAGAGGGAGAGGGAGAGGCGAAGCAGGCGAAGGAGGACCUGACGGAGGCGUCAAGAUGGGUGAUCGAGGCGAAGUCAAGCAUCGAACUUGUGAUUCGCUUCCGAGCGACUGACACAGGGAGGUUUGAGUCCUUCCUGGGCUUCGAGAUCGUCGGGGGAGGAUGGAGCACCCGAUCGAAGCAGUUCUACCUGCCAUGUCGCGGGUUCAGCGCGUAUCCUCAGAUAAGUCAGAGCUACCACAGCCUCUUCUACCGCAAGACCAAGUCGAGGGCUGCAGGUCAGAUCAUCAGCAGGCAGUACGUGAUCAGCAAGGAGACGUUCGAGUUCGGGCCCCUGCUGGUGGGCAAGUCGAGGGAGGAGAAGGAGAAGUUCCCGGAGAACCAGGACAAGUUUCGCAUCACCAACUCAGGUCUCUUUCCCCUCCACGUUGACUUCUGCUUUCUCUUGGAUCGCGACCAAGAAACCUUCUCCGUCGAGCCCGCCUCCCUCGACCUCGCGCCUGAGGAGACCCGAGACAUCACCGUCAUGGCGUUCCCGCAGGCGACGGGGGAGAAAGAGGACAAGCUCAUCUGCAACAUCGCCAACAACCCUGAGCCCGUUGAGAUCAGAGUCAGCUGCCUUGGCGACGUUCCCACCAUCAACUCGGGCCCCAUCAAGGUCGAGUUCCAGCGGCUGCUGCUCAAGCGGAAGGACUCGCGGGUUAUCGAGCUGAGAAACGCGAGCUUGCUGCCAGCGCGCUGGAGCCUAAAGGGGGUGGAGGAGGCGGACGGGUUUAACGUGGGCGAGGAGUUCUCAGUCUGGCCGACCGAGGGCACGCUGCGCCCGGGGCAGACGCAGAACGUGACCAUCGGGUUUGAGGCGCGAGAGAAGGGGACGUGGGAGAAGCCGGUGAGGCUCGAGUGGAUCGACGCGGAGGAGAUCAUCAAGGAGCCGAGCAAGUUGGAGUUCCUGGUGACCGCCGAGGCCUACGAGAUCGACUUCGUCUUCGACUUCCCCAACGGCGACGGGCUUGACUUCGGGGUCCUGCGGGUGGCGGACGGGGGGAAGGAGAAUAGCACGCAGAAGUUCAGCAUCCGCAACCAGGGCAAGUACCAGCUGGGCUAUAAGUUCGCCUUUGCCCGCCCCAAGCGCAACUUUGCGGCUUCCUUCUUCACGGUCCAGACGGUCGAGGGAGUGCUGGGGCCUGAGGGGACGGCGGAGAUGAUGGUGGUGUUUGAGUCAAAGCAGGAGGUGGAGUUCAAAGACAACCAGGAGCUGCGAUGCUACGUGACGGAGCUGCUGACGGGCGAGGAGAUCCUGGUGAUCCCCGUGAAGCUCAACGUGAGGAGCGUCUUCUCCAAGUACCGGGUGCUCCCUCAGAAGGGCAUCGCCUUCGGCAGCCUCGUAUACGACUCCCUCAAGUCUCGCACCUUUGAGAUCGUCAACCAGGGUGAGUUCGACUUCUCUUUCCGCAUCUCCUCCAUCUCCGACCGCUCGCGCCCGCCGACGUCCUCGGAGGAGGAGGCGGCAGCGGAGGAGUCAGCGGACGGCUCUCUCAAGGUCGGCAACUUCCUCGUCUCUCCAGUGUCCGGCAGCAUCGCGCCCAACGGAGAGAAGCAGACUGUCACGGUCACCUUCACUGCUGAGGGUCAGCGAACCUUCCGCGAGCUCCUCGGCAUCAGCGUCUCUGAGCGAGACCCCAGCCUGGACCCCCUCGGCCUCCCCUACGAGCUCACGGGCGAGAGCUGCGUGCCCGGCCUGCUCAACGACGACUUCCUGCAGAUCUUCGAGGAGGCGGCGGUGCUAAGGAAGCCGCCGGCUGACCCGACGGAGCUGAUCAGCAACACGUUCAUAGAGGAGGAGCGAUGCUUCUACUUCGGCCCUCGGCUCGUCAAGUCUCGCUCCGAGACUCGCAUCAAGAUCGUCAACCCCACUAAGGUCGCCAUCACCGUCAGCCUCCAGGUCACCAACAAGACCGACGGGAACGCGUUCGAGAUCCUCGCGCCCGACAAGCUCUCUAUCCCCAUGCACGAGCACAGGUACGCGACGGUCUUCUUCGAGCCCUCGUCCCUCCAGACCUCCAUCGCGCUCUUCGAGGCUGUGGUGGAGGGAGGAACGGACGACAGGACGAACCGCCUCUCUUUCGAGCUGCGAGGUGACGGGACCCUCCCUCGCGUCUCCAUCAUCAUGGGCAGCCGAUCGCCGGACGACAAGCAGGUGGAGAUGGAGUCAGUGAUCGUGGGCAAGGAGGGCACGCAUGUGUUCAGCAUCAAGAACCAUGGCAUUCUCCCCGCCACCAUCAAGUUCAGCAAGGUGCUGCCGGCGGAAGGCAAGGACGAGGACCUGGUCAAGUCCUUCUUCUUCGCUCACAGGGGGUCCGAGCUGCUGCUCAACAGCCAGGAGGAGCGGAAGUUUGAGGUUGUGUUCCGCCCCAAGUCUCGCAGGGAGUACCUCGCGCUGCUCGAGGUCUCGGUGCAUCACAACGAGUACGAGAAGUCGGUGCUUCGCUUCCACGGGGAGGGAGUCCUGCAGGACCUCGCCUACGAGCCCAACGUCAAGAAGGGGAUCCAGCUGCCGCCCGUCGUGCUGGGGGAGACGCAGACUAUGAGCUUCACUGUGAGCAACACCACUGACUCUCCUCUCCGCUUCUGCGUGAAGGACGUCAAGGAUAGUCGCCUCCUCUCCUUCUCCCCCUCCCUCGGUCACCUCCAGCCCGGAAGCUCCAAGCAGCUCCAGCUCGCGCUGUUCGGAAAGCAUGUGGUUGCUGGAGGACGUACGUUUGUGACGAUGGAGUACAGAAAGAUUCGAUACACUGAGGAUGAGGUGUACGACUGGGACAACAGCAUGAAGGAGAUCACGUGGAUGGAGGAUGGUGGCGAGACCUCUUUAGUGCAUGACGUGGAGGAUGCGGAUGCUGAGCUGUUUCCUUCUCCUCGACAUCCUCGUCGCAAGAAGCUUAAAAUGGUUCGACCCCAUCCCCCUCCUCCUUCUCCUUGUGAUCAUUUCCUGCAGGUCACCAAGGUGAAGCCGGAACCUGCAUGGGAAGGGAUCAAGAAGGCUGUGGAGGUGACGCCCGUGGAGGGAGAGGAGGCGACGAAGGAGGGGGGCAGCGAGCAAGAGGCGGAGGAGGUGAAGGAGGACGAGAUCAAGAUUAACUACACGGUGGACUACCUGAGGUACAAACUGGUGACGGAGGAUGACUCGUGGUCCCCGGAGCAAGGGCUGCCUCCUCUUCUCUUCUCUGAGACUAUGAUGUACCGCGAGCGAGUUCACAAGCUGGUGCUCGAGAACGUGUCGGCCGUGGCCCUGCACAUCGACUGGAAGGUUCUGAUGCCGGACGGAGAGGAGGACGUGGACCCGCAGUCUCCCUUCUCCGUGGAGCCGAGCUCGACCGACAUCGCUCCUCGCACCCCCUGCGCCUUCACCGUCAGGUUCGCUCCCGUCGAGGUCGACAACUACCAACGCAAGAUCGAGGUCGUGAAGCCUCCGCAGCCCAUGCCAGAGUUCAAGGUGACGGGCAAGAGUGCACGUCCCCUGUGCCACGUGGAGCUGGAGGAGAGCGACUGGCUGCGGGGGGGUCGGAGGCCUCCGACGCUGGAGACACCGGGGGGGAAAGCGAUCGACGCAGACUCGCGGGUGAUCGAGUUCGAGUCGCUGGGGACGAAAGUGAGGAACACGCGGCACUUCUUCCUCAUGAACCCCACCAACAUCUCCUACAAGUUCCGCUGGGAGUGCGAGGACGGGACAGGCGCUGCCGUCGCCCACCUGGCCAAGGCAUUCAAGUGCGUUCACAAGGAAGGGAUCGUGCUGUCGGGGAGGAAGACGGAGAUCGUGUUCGAGUACACCCCCGACACUGACACCCUCCUUGAGUCCUUCUGGCGCCUCCACAUCCCUGAGCACAAGAUCUCGGUGCCCUUCAUCCUGGUGGGGCACGUGAAGGAGCCGCGGGUGUACUUCGACAAGACCUUCUGCAACUUCAACUCGCUCCUCCUCCACCACAAGGCCUCGCACACCGUCAUGCUCGUCAACAAGGAGCACAUCCCGUUCAGCUUCGCCUUCGACGGGAAGACGUACGGGGCCGAGGAGGUUCCUCCGGUCGUCUCCAUCUCUCCCUCCAGCGGGACCGUCGCCCCUGACUCGGAGCUCGCGCUCACCGUACAGUUUAUGCCCAAGGUGGAGAAGAUGUACAACUUCAACGCGGUGUGCUCGGUGAAGAAGAAGGCGACGCGGCUGGCGAUCAACAUCAAGGGGGAAGGCUUCGACAACCACGUCAGCGUCGUGCUAGAGGACGAGAGUGGUCAGCUCCCCAUCCUCCCGGCCACUCUCAGCGCCAUCGACUUCGGGGAGGUUCACGUCAACGACUGGAGGAAGAAGGUGAUCAGUGUGACUAACAAGGGCAAGUACCCCAUCGAGUACGAGUGGCUCUCGGAGAAGCACCGGCUCCUCACCAUCAAGCCCGAGCGAGGUCGAGUGCUCAAGGGCGACAAGGCUGAAGUUCAGCUCGCGUUCCACCCGGCCUCUGACGCGAGGAUGAUGAAUCACCCGGUGCUGCUCAACAUCAUCAACGGCCCCAAGUUCUCCUUCGACGUCUCUGCAAGCGGCAGGCGGCCGCAGCUGAGCUUCUCGAGCUACAAGGUGGCCUUCGGGCCCUGCUUCCUAUACCGGCAGGGGGUGGAGCCCAACGUGUACGUGCUGCGAGUGGUGAACGAGGACACGCAGGACAUCAGCUACGACGUGAACUUCGACAACAAGCCGCACCUCGAGAUCGAUGCUCCUCCCACCAACCUCUCCCCCGGCGCCAUGGAGGAGAUCCGGAUCGUCUUCAUGCCCCGGGAGCUCAAAGAAUACCGCGAGAGCAUCGAGUUCAAGGUCAACGGCUUGUACCGCAUCGAGGUGGAGGUGACGGGGUCAGGGCACGAGUGCGACGUCUCCCUUCUCAACCCCGGGCAGUUCAACCUGGCACUAGGAGCGAUCAAGGUGGGGACGAUGACGGAGAAGCGCGUGAGGAUCAAGAACUUCUCGCCUGUGCUCGCCAAGUGCUCCAUCGCUGAAUCAGCUGCUCGCCUGCAGGAGAUGGGCAUCUCCCUCCACCCCUCCAGCUUCUUCCUCAAGCCCAAGGAAGUUACCGACAUCGACCUCUCCUUCAACCCACAGCAGCGCAUGCUUCCCUUCGCCGAGGACCUGCGGCUCGAAGUCGGAGGCCUGCUCAAGACCGUCAUGGUCAUCAGCGGGUCAGCUGUCGGGGUCGAGCUCAAGCUGGAGACGGACAUGCUCUUCUUCGGCGCAGUCGUUGCCAAGAGCAGGACGACUCGCAAGGUUCAACUUGAGAACGUCGGAGACAUCGGGACCAAGUGGCGCUGGGCAUCAGAUAUGUUCGCUCCUGACUUCAGCGUGGAGCCAACUGAAGGUUUUCUCAACCCCAACGACGAGGUGACCCUCGAGUUUCGCUUCCACCCUCAGCAGGUUCAUGACGACAUCCGACGCGACUCGGUCCCCCUCUACGUGGAAGGUGCUGACCCUCUCUCCAUGACCGUCACCGGCAUCUGCGUGCUCCAAGAGCCGCGCGAGGACGCCAUCACCUUCCUCACUCCCGUGCGCAAACCCCUCACGGUCGAGACGCCUCCCAUCGAGAACCCCACGGACAUGCCAUGGCGGCUCGUCCCCACCGUAGACCACGAGUACUGGUCGGCCCCAGAGAUCUUCGAGAUCCCUCCCGGGAAGUCCAGCAGCUGUCAGGUCACCUACUGUCCUCUCCUCAUGACCGACGCCGGAGGGGAGCAGGAAGAAGCCUCGUCCUUCCAACGCGCUAAGGUGCACACAGGGAGCUUGUUCCUUCCUCUGCCCAACGGAACGGCCGUGCUGUUCAAGCUGGAAGGGCAAGCGACGCCGCCAGAGGAAGCAGGGAGCAUCGAGAAGGAGGUGCAGUGCAAGGCCUCUCACCGCGAGCCUCUCGCAGUCAAGAACUGGAUGAACCGGCCGCAGAGGUUCAUCGUGAGGAUCGAGCCGGAGCCGCAGGGGACCACGACCCUCAAGGGAGCGAGCUACAUCGACGUGCCCGCCAACGCGGAGCGAACUUACACGCUCUCGUUCCACACGUUUGUGGAGGGGAGCACAUCAGCUCGGGUGACGUUCACGAGCGAGGAGACGCAGGAGUAUCUCUUCUACAACAUUACCUUUCGCGCUCAGGCCACCAAGAUCCUCGGCUCCUUCGACCUUAGGACGCAAGUGCGGCAGCCCAAGGAGCUUGAGAUCAACCUGGCGAACCCGCUCAAGGAGGUGGUCACCAUUGCCUCCUCCUGCGACUCCAGCGACGUCAUCCUCAAGAGCGAGUAUCAGCUGCGCGAGUCAGGCGAGACGCCCUGCAAGCUCAUCUACCGUCCUCUACUCCCUGACUCCGGAUCAACGGCCAAGGUUACUUUCUCCUCCCAGGAGCUCGGGGACUUUGUGUUCGAGCUGAAGCUCAUCGCGACCCCUGCCAGCGCAGACAAGUCAAUGCAGAUGAAGGCUUCGCUGGGGGGCUCCCACAAGGCCACCUUCCGCUUCCUUCACUUCCUCAAGUCCGCCGCGACUUACCAGUGCCAUGCGGACGACCCUGCCUUCUCCGUACCCACCACCAUCUCAGCACCAGCAGCGACGGAGGAGACAGGCGUGGAGGUGGAGGUGGAAGUCACGUUCGAGCCCAGCAAGCUCGGGGAGUGCAACGCCAAGUUAACGCUGCAGUCGGAUGAGGCGGGCGAGUACCUCUGCAUUCUCAACGGCCAUGGGCUCCCCCCCAACCCGCAGGGACCCUUCGACGUGGCGGGGACGCUGAAGCUGGAGUUCAAGAACCCCUUCCUUGACCAGGAGUCGUUCGAGCUCAAGACAGACUCCCCGGCCUUCUCGCUCAAGGAGGAAUCGAUCCGCGUCGAGGGCCGCGCCAAGCACUUCAUCGACAUCACCACGACCGACAAGGAGGCGAAAGGCAAGCUGAUCGUGUCCUCCCUCAAGCCCGACUAUCCUCCUUGGGUCUACUACCUCAAAAGCGCGUGA